AUGUCAGACAAAACACCAUUUUAUAAACCAACUAAAUUUUCCGGAGCAAUUCACGAAAACAUUGACUCCUUUAUACAAAAAUAUAACAAAGCCAGCAACAUAAAUGGAUGGUCCGUAGAACAAAAAAAAUCUUUUCUACCUAUUUAUCUUGUAAAUACGGCAUCAACUUUCUUAGAUAAUUUUGAAAAUAAUUACCCGACAAGCAACUGGGACCAAGUAGAGAGAGCCCUACGUUUAGAAUUCGAACCAACAGCUCAGAAACACAUGUUAAGAACAAUGCUCGAAAAACGAAAACAAUUACCCGAAGAAACGACCGCCUCAUAUAUAAAUGACGCGGAAAACCUAUGCAAAAGAAUAGAUCCCAAUAUGUCACAAUCAGAAAUAGCUCAUACCAUAAUGAAAGGACUUAAACCAGAAAUUGCCAGAUAUGUAGGAAUAUUAGACAAUACUAACUUAGAAGACUUAAAGAAAAACAUAAGAAAAUAUGAAUCUAUAGAAUUUAUGAUUAACGGAAAAACCACGCAAUCCAACGAUGACAUUAGGACACAAAUUACAAAAGAACACGUAAAUAUAAUAGAAGAAAAUAAAACUAAAAAGCAAAUAGACACAUUAACGAAUCAAAUAUCGAACUUAGAAACAACAAUAAAUAACUUAAAUCAACAAAUUAUUAACAAUAAUAAAAACUUCGGCAAAUCCAACAACAAUCAAUAUACAAAUCGUCCCGAAAUUAACCGUCAAUAUACGAACCGAUUACAUCAGGGUCAGGUCAACAGCAAUAAAAAUAAUUAUAUCCAAAAUUCAAAUUACGAAAAACGAGACAACCGUCCCAAUUAUAAUAAUUCCAAUAGAUACAACAGCAAUCAGGGCAAUGAUCCACAAGCACGCAACAGCUAUCACAACAGAAAACCCAACUUCACUAAUUCUGACAAAAGAAUUCAAUGCGAACAUUGUAACUAUUAUAACCACAACAGCUCAGAAUGUAAAUGGAAACUGAUCUGUACAAUAUGCGGCAAAAGGUAUCAUACAGCCGAAACAUGUUACUCAAAAAACGUAGACUCCAAAUCAAAAAACGAAUAA